ACUGACGGGAUUUUCCAGUCGUUUUUAAAAUCCCACCUUGCGGCCUCCCGAAUUGAAAAUUUCUUCCUUUCCGUACCACAAAGCCAGCAACAGCAACGCAGCCUCACCCAUUGCUUCUCGCGCGAUCAUCGAGCGAGUGCUUCUUUGGUGCCGAGGGUCUUGUGUGACGAUGUGAUAGUUGCCGCAAUCGACCGGUCCUGCUGGAAAGAAACAAUACACGCGUCAAUAUGGCUUCGACAUCGGAAUCCCCCAAUAUGACCGGCUUCACUGUCGGUCUGAUUGGGAUGGGCGAUAUGGGCAAGAUGUAUGCCCGGAGACUUAGCAGCGCAGGUUGGAGGUAAUAAUUCUUCCUCGCUCGUCUCAUCGUCGUCAAUCACGCCCAGGCUCUUCGCGGAGCCUGCCACCGCGACUAACCUUCAACAAACAUUUCGCAGUUGUUCAAAUGGUUCUUAGUGUUACAGCAUGAUCAGGAAUCGGUUGGCUAACGAUCCCUUUCAGGAUCAUGGCCUGCGAUAGAGAAGAGAAAUAUGAUGAGCUGGUACAAGAGUUCGAGGGGAAUAACAAUAUACAAAUUCUCCGUAACGGUCAUUUCGUGUCUCGCGCCAGCGAUUAUAUCAUCUACAGUGUUGAGGCGGCGGUCAUCGAUCGUGUCGUCGCCCAGUACGGUCCAUCGACCAAGCUCGGCGCUAUUGUUGGUGGCCAAACGUCCUGUAAAGAUCCUGAGAUCAAGGCUUUCGAAAAGUACCUGCCCGCCGACGUUGACAUCGUAUCCUGCCACUCCCUUCACGGCCCCAAUGUCGAUCCCAAGGGCCAGCCGCUGGUGCUCAUCAAGCAUCGCGCCUCCGACGAAUCUUUCUCCAAGGUUGAGCACGUACUCUCCUGCCUUAACUCCAAGGUUGUCUACCUGAGUGCCGAUGAACAUGACCGCAUCACGGCCGAUACCCAAGCCGUCACCCACGCCGCUUUCCUCAGCAUGGGCAAGGCCUGGCAUGCAACCAAGCAAUUCCCCUGGGAGGGAACCCGUUAUGUCGGCGGCAUCGAAAACGUCAAGAUCAACCUCAUGCUCCGCAUCUAUGCCCAAAAGUGGCACGUCUACGCCGGCCUCGCCAUCCUCAACCCCGAAGCACACAAGCAGAUUGCCCAGUUCGCCAAGUCCACCACCGAGCUGUUCCAACUUAUGCUGGAGGGUCAUAGCGACGAGCUUCGCGCCCGCGUGUACGCCGCCAAGGAAAAAGUCUUCGGUGCCGAAGGAAGCCCCAAGUGGGCGAGCAAACCUCUCCUCCGUGACGAUGUGCUCGACCAGUUCAGCCUCCGCCAGCCGGAAAAUGGCGGCCCUUCGGCUCCCUCCUUGCCCAACAACCACCUCUCGCUGCUUGCCAUGGUCGACUGCUGGAGCGCUCUGGGAAUCGUGCCGUACGACCACAUGAUCUGCUCGACUCCCCUGUUCCGACUCUGGCUGGGCGUCACCGAGCACUUGUUCAGGACCCCAGGCUUGCUGGAUGAGUGCCUGAAGGUCGGCAUCGAGGAUCGGACUUUCAGAAGGGAUGACUUGCAGUUCACCAUUGCGGCGGCGGGCUGGGCCGAGUGUGUGGGUCUGAGGCAAUUCGAGACGUGGAGGGAGCGGUUUGCGGUUACCCAGGCUUUCUUCGAGCCGAGGUUCAAGGGAGCGGUGGAGGUAGGUAAUGCGAUGAUCAAGGCAGUCCUGGCAAGCGAUGAGAAGGACUAAAGGUAUGUACGGAACGGAGACUGGAUUGGAAUGCACAUGGAGAAGGUUGAAUGCGCGAAGGGCUGUGGAACGGUAUCAGGGGGGAAAAAACGGGCAUCUUGAUGGACGAGAUAUAUCUGUGGGUAUAACACGGCUACCUGGCGUAGGCUUCCCAGCAACGACCGUGAUAUUGAUAAUUGAAAAACGGACAUCUGGAUUUUGGAAA